UGAAGUUACUGAAGUUUGUUGAAGUAAAGUGAUAGCGAUAGCGUGAUAGCAGAUGAAUGGUGAUGUGAUAGUUUUUUUUUCGGAUUUCUUUAAGUUUGUUAGCACAGCAAUAAUCUAAAUCACUAAUCAAUAAAAUAUCGAGCUGCAGCUAAGUGAUCUUUUGUUUUGUUUGUGGAAAGUAACAUUAGUUUGGCAGACAUGGUGGCAUUAUGUGAAUAUUAGCAUUGACUAUAUAUACCUACAGAUAUUAGGCACAGUAACAGAGGUGAGGUGUUUGUGUCAUCAGAAAAGCUCAUCACAUCAAUGUUUUUAACUAUUUAAUUUAUCCUUAAGAAUUGGAGGCAUGGCUGGUUUUACAGACACCGCUCUUUCAAAGAAAUUAGACGAUUUGAAUGCUUCUCAACAAAGUAUACAAACUUUGUCUCUAUGGCUCAUCCAUCACAGAAAACACCACGAAGCCAUUGUGAAGAUGUGGGCACGAGAGUUACAGAAAGGAGAUGAAGGAAGGCAACUUACACUCAUGUAUUUGGCUAAUGAUGUCAUACAGAACAGUAAAAAGAAAGGACCAGAGUAUGGGAAAGAGUUUGGCACUGUACUGAAGAAAGCUUUCGAAACUAUUGGUACAAGAGUGCAUAAUGACAAGACAAAAAAGAAUAUCAACAGACUGCUUGACGUUUGGGAAGAGAGAGGAGUCUACAGCCGCUCACAAAUUGCAGACUUCAGAAGAGCGUAUAAUCCCAGUUCCCAAGAACCUUUAGUUGUGUUUGGACAUGCUAUUCCUGAGAACCUCCAACAAGCGAUUUCAGAAGGAGAGAAGGAUGAGACGCCACCGCCACGUAAGAAGUCACGGGCCAGCAACGGGUCGCUGAGUCGCACUGGCAGUGUCAAGAAGGAGAAGGAGGUGGAGGUGGAUGGUCACAAGGAGAGAAGAGUAACCCUGAGUCCUCAGACUCCGGCGGGAGACCCACCAGAGCCUGAGGAACUCAUCAAGGCUCUCCAGGACUUGGAGACUUCUGCAUCAAGUGAUGCAGUAGUAAGAGAGAAGAUUGCCAGUCUGCCUCCAGAAGUCUCUGAAGUCAACUUACUUUCUAAACUGGAAGACAAGGCAGCAGCCGAGCGGUUGGCCAAGCAGGUGAACGAGGCUGUAGGGCUGAUGGCAGAGUACAACACGAGGCUACUGAACGAAAUGGAGGACAGGCGCAAACUCGCACAGAUGCUCCAAGACUUCAAGCAGGCGCAGAAAGACCUCCUAGCACAGGCUGAAGCUACGCUUGAUGAGUACAUGGAGAAGCUCCAGAAGGUCAAGCAGGUGCAGAAGGAGGUCAGAUCUCACAUGCGCAACCUUCCGGACAUCACACAGUCCGCCACCAGUGGCCUGGCACCUCUACCAUCUGCCGGAGACCUCUUCAGACUCAACUAAAGACUGACUCUUCGAUUUGUUACCAAAUUUGCCUUUUUGAAGAUGGCUGAAUGGAACUACGAUACUACAACACUGCAGUAGUAUUAUUUCUCUGUUAUUUUAUUUGAUUUUUUGCAAAGCACAUCAUUUUUAUGUUUUGAUGUUUUACGCGUUUUUGUUUGUUUUGUUUAAUCUGCUUUGUCUUUUGCAAAGCUGGUUUACAACAACUGUUUUAAGGGUAAUUUGUUUAAAUGUAACAAAUGAUUAUUGUAUAUACCUAUCAGUAUAAAAUAAAAUCAAUGUUUUUAACUAGUUCAACAUUUCUAUUGUAUGUAGAUUAUAAGUAUGUAAUAAAUCAUAUUAAUUGUUGAGUUAUCAAAUACUACAAGAGAGCCUAUGAGCAAAUCACCCAUUUAAUCCUUGAGUUUAUAGUUUUUCAUUGAGGUAAUUCAGAUAAUUAAUUGGAGUUCAGAUAAUUGUUGUUAUGAUUUAGUUCCAUAAAAUUUGAGGCUUUACCAAAUUCUCACAAUUCCCCUGUAAUUUAAUUUUUUUUAGUGAAAUUCCCAUACAGUAUAGGGAAUAAGCUUUAAUCAUAGGUCUUGAUUACACCGAUUUGCUUUUUCAUUUUGAGGUUCCCAGAGACCAAAAACACCAUCCGUUCAAAUUCAUUUGUAUACAUUGUGUAACCAUUAGCCCGAAAAAAUUAGUGUUUUUAUAAAAUUUGGUCCAAACGUGUAAACCUACAUUUAAUUAGCUUGAUUGAACUAUGGAAACUAGGUUUAUGGGCUAAAAAUUAGUUUUCAUGUUUUUGACCCUAAAAACGUGAAAGUGUAAAAUUGCUUUCCACACCAUUUUGUGGAGCUUAAUAAAGAAAUAAUUUAGUAUAUUCAUAUUGAAGCAUUAUUGUAUGCCUAACGGUUAUGGAGAAAAAAAGAAAAAAAGACUUAAUUAAAACUCUCAUGUUAUUCUCAUGAUUUGGGGGUUAAUAAACUGUUGUAGUUUGCUUGUUUAUGGAUAUAUUUUAAUACAAUUUGGCAAUUUUGUUUAUUUCAUACUAAGCCAUCAACAUUUUUGUAAAAAAACACAUUACCUUCUCUGUAGCAGCAAACCUAUGUAGCCGUAAAACUAAUGUUAUUUAAACAGGAAAUAAAUCUCUAAAGGGAAUAUUUAAGUGGAAAUGUAGCCAGGUAAAUAACAAAUUUGUAAGUCUGCAGGUUUACUGAAGUGGAGGUAUUAUUUCCAAUCGAAAACCACUGUAAGAGUUCCUAACAGAAACACUGGGGCCAGUUUUUCUUUUUUCCUUUACUUCACAUGAUUUUUCAUUGUUUUCUAAUCCACCUAUUUCUAAUGAUUUUAACAAUAUGACAUUGAGUAAUCAAACAGUCCUAGAAAUGAUCUACUUUGAUAUUUUUAAUUUGUACCAAUGCGUUUUUUCCUUUCAAUAAACAUAGAGAAGUAACAAAAAUCAAUAAUUCUAUCCUAUUACUGUAAAAAUAUUGUGUGUUGAAUCAUUUCUGAUAGAUUUAUUUUAGAAAAGUAAUUGUAAUUUGUAAAAAUAAACAAAAAAUGUAAAGUUUUUUUUUUAUCAAACCAUUGACAUUGAAAGGUGCUAUCAUCCUUCUCGUCCUAUUGUGUAGUCUCUGGCCUAUAUUUAUGUAUAAGUAUUCAUGUGGGUGGCAAUUGAGCGUUAAUGUUGAUUGUUUUUCUCUCUCCUAUUUGGGCAGAGCAUAUGAUUUGUGCUAUAGUCUUUAGUUUUAAUGACAAAGUAGUUUUAUUUUGUUAAAAUAUUAUUACAAUCCUCUAAUCAAUUCUCUUCAAGUGAUCCAAAAGAAUAAUUCUUUAAGUCUAUAAGGAGUAUGUUUAAUCCAUGAUCAGAAUACUAAUAAUUCCUAUUGUCAACUUAAGUUGUAGAAAUGUUGAACAUAAUUUUUGUGUAUAUUUUGAUGAUUUUUCACUGUGUUCAAGUCACUUUAGUUUUUAUGCAUUUUAGUUUGCAUUCAAAUAAUUGUUAGGUACAGUAUAUCAUUUUUAUGUAAGGUUGUCAAAUUUAUCAAGUUGUUUAAAUGAUAUUAUGUU